GGAAGGGUCAUCAGUUGAGAAACUAACCAGCAAAAGCAAAGUUGUGUCUUGUUUAAACCAAGUAAAAUUCAAAUAAAUCCUCAAAAUGGUGUGCAAGGGAUGCGGAACCAACUGCCAGUGCUCGGCCCAGAGAUGCGGAGACAACUGUGCCUGCAACAAGGACUGCAAGUGUGUCUGCAAGACCGGACCCAAGGACCAAUGCUGCAGCAACAAAUGAAUCAAUUGUAACUUCAGCUUAACUUCCUUCGGGUUGGAAAUAAUAAAGCUUAUAACAAUUUUGUGCAUUU